AUGUAUACUGAGGAUAAUACAUCGGUAAACAAAGCUGUCAAGGCACUCUCCCAGCCUGUCGGGAUCAGACCAGAACAUAUCGCCGAGGAAGAAACUCUCCUCUACCUCAAACCUAAAUACGACCACCGUUCGCCCAAUGAAUAUACGAUCAAGAGGUAUUGGGAUGACUCAACGGUUUUCACAGUCACUGGCCACAAAUAUGGUGACACUCCAGCUCGCGAAUUUCGCGAUUCAUCAGGACUCCCAAUGUUCCAGUCUCGCGAGGCGGUCUUAGCAUGGAAAAGACCCCUGCGGGUACGACUACCCGGCAAGGAAGAUGAGGAGCUUGUGGAUUUCAGAGUCGACAUGAAAAAGGUCUACCGACUCACAUUUCGCAACUCAAUGGAGCCGGACUCGAAAAGUGAGAGUGAAAGAAUGGCGACGGUCGAAGUCCGAGAGUCGGGCACUUACGCGUGGCAAGGAUUCUCAGCCAGUGUUGGCGGCCAGAAAGUGGUUGAUGUUCGUGAGAGCAUGACGAUGAAUAAGACGCUGCCCAAAUGUACCUCUCAAGGAGACGUGUCUCUAAUGCCACGACAAGUGCUUGAGAUUCUUGUUGCUGAAGGGUUUGACUUGUCGCUAGCUGCACUUAUUGCCGUGUACAUGGCAGAUACGAGGUUCAGCACUGCACCUCCUCCUCGAUGCUGA